ACACACACUCUCUCUCUCUCACACACACACACACACACACUCUCUCUCUCUCUCUCACACACACACACACACACACAUAGACACGUACGCAGACACUUUCUGCAUUUUUACAUUUUCAAAAAAACAUAAUUUAAUAUGACAUUUCCCUUGUGAGGACCACCUAAAAGGUCCUCACAACAACCAGAAAUGUCCUCACAGAACAGGUUGAUUCUCAAUACUUGGUCCUCACAAGUACAGCAAAACCUGUACACGCAGACACACACUCGCACACACACACACACACACACACAUAGACACGCACACAGACACACACACACAUACACACACUCACACACACAAACACACACACACACACAUAGACACGCACGCACGCAGACACACACACACACACACACAUAGACACGCACGCAGACACACACACACACACACAUAGACACGCACGUAGGCACACACACACACAUAGACAUGCACGCAGACACACACACACACACACACACAUAGACACACACAAACAUGUUGGUGCGGCUAUCCUUAUGAGGACUCUCCAUAGACAUAAUGAUUUUUAUACUGUACGAACUAUAGAUUCUAUCCCCUAACCCUACCCCUAAACCUAACCCUCACAAAACAUUUUCUGCAUUUUUACAUUUUCAGUUUGAAUUAUGGGUACACUAGAAAUGUCCUCAUAAACCACAUUUAUAGCAUAAUACCCUUGUAAUUACCAGUUUGUAACCUAAAAAAAUGUCCUCGUAAACCACCCAAACCCACCACACACACACACACACACACACACACACACACAAAGGUAAUUGGAAAUUUAAGCAACACUUUAAAUGUAUGAAUGUCAUUGCAUUAGAUAACACAAUAUAAAACCAUACUAGAGCUUUUCUCAGAACUAACUUCACUUUCCUAAGCCAUUUUUGCAAGUUGAUUUUUAGUGGAACAAUAAAGUCCAUGUAUGAAGUCUAUGUUAUGUACAUAUGAUGUGAUUAGGGAUGGGCAUUUUGGUCGUUUUGUCUACUCAAGUACUUGGACAAGUCGAGUACUCGAGGGGCAAUGAUAUGUACAUAACUGUAUAUAUAUAAUAACAUGUCUGACAAAUGUCUUUGGCUGCUGCAUUGCGUCUUGUUGUUCCAUAGUAUCGUCUAUUCAUUAUUAUUGGCUGUUAUAAAAUAACCUGUUACAAAAUGUACAAAAGAUCAUAUUUUGUCAUUAUGUGAAGAUUCGCUGCCCAAAUUGAAAGAAUGUGCCCAACGAGCGACUAUCUGUACUUCCUUCAGGUUACUGUUGUAAUCUUAGUAAGCACGCUAAGCACACAGUUUUUUUUAGUAACGGUCUGAACCGUCUUUUUUCAAAUCGCUGUUGGCUUAACAGGAGACUAGAGGUCGACCGAUAGUGGAUUUUACCGAUACUGAUACUAAGUUCGUCGGUACCUGCCGAUAACUGAUUAAUCAACUGAUAGUUUUUAAGAUUGAUACUGAAUGAAAAAAUAACACUCAAAGUAAAAUAGUGCUGAAAUUUAUUACAAAAAUAAACAGUACUGACUGAACCAUGAAAAUAUACUGUACUUUUUUAAAUGAAAUAAAUAUAUAAAUAUUAAUAUAUAUUAAAUAAUAUUCAAAUUUUAAAGUCAGCUGAUUUUUAAAUUGACAAUGUUUCCUUAGUCCACAAGAGGGCGCAAUAAAAACAUAAACCAUUCAGCACUGUUAUAUUAUUGCAUAGAACAUUUCUAUUCUGGCUGUUAAAAAAGAGCAUUUCAUUUUCAACUAAUGUGCAUAAAAUAAAUAAAUAAAAAUUUUUAGUCGGCCCAUAUUCUCAAAUGUUAAGUAUAAAGUAAAAUGAGGGGGGAAAACGCUUCAAUAGACAGUUCACAUGGUGUUACACUUGCACUGAUUCCUACUACUCCAGAAUCAAGCUUCAUAAUAACAGCGAAAUAUCAUAUUGUUUUUUAUUCAGUAGAGUAUGUAUGUUUAUGUAGAGUAUCAAUAUUCACAGAUAGCAGUGGUAUUCGGCUGAACUCGGUGGUGAAGCGGCUCAGACUAUGAGCCCAGGCCAGGGGCUGUUCAAUAAGAUGAAACACAACAGAAUGGAACCGAGCGCAAGACACACAUUUUCAAGAUGAACAUCUUUCCUGACAAAGCAUUUAAACAACUCAUUGCUUAAUCUGAGAAAGAUGUAAUGGCCAAAGACCUCCACCAACUGUAAGGGGCUGUAUACAUACCUUUUCGUUCUGAAGUGUUCCACUUCAUGCAGAGUGUAAUCUCACGUGUCAAAACAAACACCACAAGGCAUCAGUGAAGUGCCACUCUCAUACUGUAUAACGACAGCGGACCCUUCCCAGCUGCUCCAGCACCGGACGCAACGAGGAAAAACUAUCGGUGUGGAUUUUUGCCGAUAACCGAUAGUUCCAGAAAUCUGUUGUCAGUGCCGAUUAAUCGCCAAAACCGAUAUAUCGGUCGACCUAUACAGGAGACGCAAUAACCAUCGCGUUUUUAAUAUGCAUUCAGUUUCAGUUUUCAGUUAGAAGUUCAGUUUUGAAGACGCUGCAUUCUGUUCCAUUUAGCUGCGCUCUGUCUAACUGUUUGAAACACUUGCCGCACGUUGAGUCCACUGCCACACGCCUGGUGUGUGUGUGUGUCCAAGUGUUUGCUGCUGUAGGGAAAGCCGCGAUGCUCCGUAUUGUUGUUGCUGUAAUGAUUCAUGGAGCAAUCUAUUCAAAUCGGAGAGUCAGAAUUUCCACAUUUCAACUGGGGAAAUUGCAACAGAAUGACACAUAAUGACAGACUUCUAAGUUGGAAACUCGUGCGGAAAUCUUCAACUCCCAUUUCGUUGAGAUGCAGGUGUGUGUUACGUCACGCAAACAUUUCGGCACCCAGGGCAGGGAGGUUUACAGUCAGUGACAAACAUUCACUUUUAUUGAAUAAUAUCCAUUAACGAGUCAAAGUUCUUACAUUAAAUGAUAAUAAAAUAUGUUUAGCAAACGUUUUGCAGAGAUGGGUGUUCAAAACACUGUUAAUUACACUCUUUUGAUUAUCAUAAUGAUAGCAUUGCAGUGUUGUAUCAGUUUGGUUGCUAUGAGACAUCUCUGAAAAUCAACGUACCCCUCAAAACCACAAUGUAAUCAGUCUCAAAAUUAAAAUUAAGCUCCCUCUUUGACAUGUGUGUUUAGUUGUCAGGUAAUUGUCACUGAUUUUCUAAUUAAGUGAAAAGUCACAUCAUGCGUGAUCACCAUCGAUCAUCGUUUUCAUGAUCGAUCAUUGCUGCCACGUCUGAGUACCUGAGUACUCAUGCCCAAGUAUGAUUACAGUAGACCCCGUUUACACCUUGUAUUAAGAUGUUUCUUGGGUGAUCUGAUCACAUGUGGUCAGGUGAGACACCACUAUUUUUCAUCUGGUCUUUUAAAUGCAUCUCCUGUGACCACUUGUGAUCGGAUUUGGAAGGAAGGGACUCUGUUUUGUGAUGAAAUGCAUCAAUAACUGUGUCAGUGUGUUACUGCAUGGCAUUAAAGCACAACAAAGUCUGAAAAGACGCUAUUGCUCCCAGAUGCAUCUGAAAUGUAAUCUAAACACAAAAACAAUAAAUUGUUUGUUAUUCUAAUGGAUUACCUGUAUUAACCUGAGCUGCAGAUGUUUGUGCUUCUCAUAAGUGUCCGUGCAUGUUGAUUUCAGACACACUGAAGAAGAUCCAUGAAGUUUUCGUGUUUAUGUAUACGCUAUUUUGCAUUUUCCGAUCGGACAGUUAUUUCCUUUUAAAGCUGCUCAUAACCGGCAAAAUUUAAACGCUUGUUUUAGCACAGUGGUUGAUUGACAGGUGAGCGGAGGCCCUUCGCUGUUGCCGGUAUGCAUACAGGACAGAUUUGCAUUUACACCUCAAAUGUGAUUCGGUUACAUGCGUUUUUGACAACAUUUGUGUGUGGUUUUUGUGAUCCAAUCACAAAACGUUUUAGACCCUGUUUAAACUUGUAUUUAGCACUGACCACAUGUGAUCGGACCACCCAAAACGCAUCUGUAACAGGUCAAGGAUGGGCAAAGAGGAGGCGGGAACCAGCUGAACAGUCAGCAUAAACUUUAAUGAUAUAAAUUAACUUAAAACAAACAUAAACAGACACACAUGCAACGUGGCCAAGUGCGUCUCUCUCUCUUGAACCGGCGUCUCCGGCCGCCCCUUAUCUCACUCUCCUGCUGAUCAGCUGAUUCAGUGCCGGCCCGGCCACGCCCUCCUCCUCAUCACACUCGCCACUGGUCAGAUUAAACCCCCCCCCCCGUUCUGUCAGCCGGUGGUCCACCCCGCCUCCUGUGAACCUGGGGGAGAGACGAGGGGAGGCGUGGGGAGAGGGAAAGCACGAGCGGAGACACACAGAGAGGGAAAGGAGAGAGAGAGAAGAACUUGCUCGCCAUCUCCAGACGCCCGUCGCCUGGUCCUCAACCGCUCCUCCACCCUCUGGCGGGCGCCAGCUCGCUCCUCCCCCAGCAGACGGCAGCUAGUCCUCAGGCCGCUGGUGGACGGAACCACUCCUCCCCUUCUCGGUAGAUGGCCGCCAUUCCUGCGGCCGGCAGCGACCCCUCCGUCCCCAGGCAGACGGCCACUGCUGCACCCCUGGCGGAUGGCAGCGGCGAGGACUCGCAUGACAACGCAUCCCUCCUCCAUCCCAUUUUUCGGCAUCACUGUAACAGGUCAAGGAUGGGCAAGGAGGAGGCAGAAACCGGCUGAACAGGCAACAUAAACUUUAAUGAUAUAAAUGAACUUAAAAAAACAUAAACAGACACACAUGCAACGCAGCCACGUGUGUCUCUCUUUCUCGAAACGGUGUCUCCGGCCGCCCCUUAUAUCGCUCUCCCGCUAAUCAGCUGAUUCAGCACCAGCCAUGCUCCAACACGGCCCAGCCACGCCCUCCUCCUUAUCUUAAUACCAGGUGUAAACGGGGUCAUAGACAUAGUGUGUGAUUAUGUGUUUAUUCCCUUGAGGCUUGUUGUGUAUGUCCAUAUUCAGCUUUAAGUGAGUAAAGAAGUUUCAUUCAAUAAAAACAGACUGUUCUGUCUCCGCUUUCUGAUUUCAUUGUCAUUUUAGUGUUGGAGAAAAAUGCAGGAAAAAUUAUUGGUGACAGAAUCACUAUGGUUAACAAUCAGCAUUUGUGAAGACAUGCAGCUGAGUGAGAUGAAAACAUUCAGUUUAGCUUGACAUCUUUUCAGUUCUUCAGUAAAAGAAGCUCAUUGGUCACUUGAAGAGAACACAGGAGCCUGCCUCGGUGACAGAAUGAUUUUUUCAAGCAAGCCUGAUGUGCUUUUUUAGUUUUUAAAGCCAUUAAAUGAGCAGAGAGUCCCGACAGUCAAGUGAUAUUAACAAUGGCCUCCUGCUGGCAGACGCUAAUGCGCGUUCCCUCUCUCACCUACUAACUGGUGAUUAUGUAAAUAAAGCUCACACCUGAAAAUCACCAGAAAAAUCAGCUAGUGUGGUGCCAGACAUGUGAAAUAGUACCUUUUAUGCUGUGAGAUUUUCACAAGCAGUUUUUGUAGAGAUUUUAUUGGAUGGCAUUUUUAGAAACAAGUUCACAUACAAAAAUACAGUACAUGCAUGCAAAUGACAAAUAAUGUGAAAAAAUGUCCGAGAUAAUACAAGUAAUAAAUCAUUUAAAAAUCUAGUUUUUAAAUGACUUAAAAAAUGUUAAGUGGUGUAACCAUGAAGAAAAAGGUAUUAAAAUAGUUUCCUUAUGCCUUGAACACAUGUGAGGUACACAACUUAAUCAUUAAUUUCAAAAACAUUUCCAAAAAAGCUACAAAAUAUUUUGAAAAAAAAUUACUAAUGUUUGAGUUCAGGGAUGCGCUGUUGUGGAGUCCUCGCCUCUGCCAUCCGCCAGGAAGCGGAGGAGUCGCUGCCGGGAGUUGGAGGAACUGCUGCCAUCCACCAGGAUGCGGAGGAGCCGUUACCGUCAGCUAAGGGUCGGAGGACUCGCUGCCGUCCGCUAGGGGAUGAGUGGCUGUCGUCCGCCAGAGGGCGGAGGAGUGGCUGAGGACCAGGCGACAGCGUGUCCGGGGACCGGCGAGAGAGUUUUUCUCUCUAUCUCCUCUCUCUCUCUCUAUCUCUCCCCCUCACUCUUUGCCUCUCCCUACCCUCGUCUCUCCCAGGGCUCCAGAGGGGCGGGGAAGACCUGGAAGGGAAGGGCAACACCUCCCCUCCAUGAAGAGAGGGGAGGAGAGUACAUCAUGCCGGAGGUUUCCCCAGCCUGAAUUGGGCGGUGGAGGAGUGUGACGAAGAGGAGGGCAUGGCUGGGCCAUGAGGACGCACGCUCGGCGCUGAAUUGUGCUAAUCAGCCGGGAGGAGGAUAAAGACGAGCCAGAGGUGCCAGUUCGAGAGAGUUCGAGAGAGAGACACACACAUGCGGCUGCUGUGUGUGUGUCUGUGAAAGAAAAAAAAAAUGGACUUGGCCCACCAAGGUCUGGUUCUUCUGAAACAUCUCAAUGCUCAAAGGGAGUUUGGUUUCCUCUGUGACUGUACUGUGGCCAUCGGAGACAUUCUUUUCAAAGUCCAUAAAGCUGUUCUUGCAGCUUUCUCAAACUACUUCCGCAUGCUGUUUAUUCACCAAGACAGUGACUGUGUUCGACUGAAGCCCUCAGAUAUACAACCCGACGUCUUCAACUACUUGCUUAACUUAAUGUAUACUGGAAAAUUUACCACACAGCUCAUUGACCCUCUUCGCCUUGAGCAGGGUGUAAAAUUUCUGCACGCUUACCCCUUAUUACAGGAGGCAAGCCUUAUAAACCCUGAGUCCCAGGAUUUACCUUUGACAAACAACCUUUAUGGCAUACAGAUAUCUGAUGAGACAUUCAGCCUACCCAACAACAAUACAACAUGCAAAGAAGAUGCUAACAACUGUGAAAUUAUGGGCCAAGAAGGUUCAGAGAUGCCUGAUAUGGUGUAUAGAUCUCCACAACCUGUUGGCAUAGAGUCACCCACCCAGAAUGCUGCUGCCACCAUGAUCCAACAUCUCACCUAUGGCAUAAUGAGGAGAAACACUUCAACUAGAAAGCAUUACACCUGCAAUUAUUGCGGAAGCCGUUUUAACCAGAGGUUCAAAUUGAAGGAGCAUCUACUUGUCCACAUCAGCCAAGCAACUGAGCCUCCGGUAUCGUCUAUACAAAAUGGUUAUCCUUUUGAGGUUGAAGGUCAGGAAAUGGAAGAGGCCAAUUUGCAAGCUGACAGUGAUGUUAUAAGUGAUACCGAUCAACAAACAUGGAUGGAAGACACCCCACCACCCUCUGACAUUGCUGACAUAGACAACCUAGAGGGCACCGACAUGGAUCGUGAAAUGAAGCGGCGAAAAUUUGAAUGUCCGAACUGUGGCCGCAAGUUCAUUCAGAAGAGCCACUGGCGUGAACACAUGUAUAUUCACACAGGAAAGCCAUAUAAGUGUAGUGCUUGUGGAAAAAGCUUCUGCAGAGCAAACCAAGCUGCUCGACAUGUUUGUUUGAGUCAGGACAGUGAGUCAUACAUUAUGGUGAACAAGCAAAGUUUGGUUCUUUGUGGUGGAGAAGACAACAGUCAGGUGGAUGCUCUCUUCCUGUCUUCAGAAAGACCCUACAAAUGCAGCAUGUGCGCAGUACCUUUCAGCAGCCCAUCUGCGGUUCCCAAACAUCAGUGUUUGGCUAACGACGAGGCUGCACCAGUGGUAGACAGUCCAUUGGGGGUAAAUGAGAACUGGGGUUUAGUAACAAGUACUCCUCAGGUAAUCAAUUCUUCCUAGAAUGUUGUUGACCCAGCAUUAGCCAGUUUCAGUGCCAUUGUUUAACUUGUUUUUAAUUAAAGUCAGUGCUUGUAUUAUAAACUUGGUUAGAGAGAAGUAUUUAAGGUCCACUGCAUUUGUUUUUAUUUCAUUUUGUUUUUGUUUUUUUUUGUUUGUUUUUUUACAAAGUUCAUGUACCUAUUUGUUUGGAACUAAUAAAAUGGCAAAAACUA